CGUGUUUUUGAAGUUACUUUUAAAGAGCCUGUCUUAAGAUGGAUUGAUCAACAGUCUGAGGUUGUCCUAAGUCAUGUACGAUGAUUUUUAAGAAGAUAGUUUUCAAGAAAUGUCAUUUUUCUUAAGUUUUGUCUUAAGACAAAAUAAUACUUCCAAAGUUGCAGCGCUGAAAGUUCAAUGCAAACAGAGAUAUCGUCUUUUAAAAUUCUGGAAGUUUAAUGCCUACAAAAACAGCUGGUAAGGGACUACAACGAACUACUUCCCGAGUCUGAUACGUCACAGACUCAGAUAAACCCCGCGCUUGGGAACAUGUAAGGAAGGGGGCGGGGCCAUGCUGUGCUGCUUUAGAGAAGACGAAGAGAAAACUAGGGGUGCACGUAAAAUCUAUUCAUAUAUGAAUGACGAUUCUGUCUUCUAACGAUUCUAAUGGAUUCACAAGUUUCAAAAUUAACGUUCUAAAACAGCGGUUCUCAAUCCUGUUCCUUGUGUCGCUCUGCAUCUCUCUCUCUCUCUCUCUCUCUCUCUCUCUCAUUCAGAUCAUCAGAUCAGCUCCAACAAACUGUUCCAAUUAUACAUUUUCACAUAGCAAGAAGCGUUAUACAUAGGGCUGGACAAUAAUUCAAUAUCAAUAUAUAUCGCGAUAUUUUUUUUUUCAAUAACGGUGAUAUGAUUUUAAACACAUUUUCGAUAUUUUGAUUUUUUUUUUUAUAUUUCGAUAUACAUAACAGCAUUUGUCACUGACUGACGUUAGGCGCGCAGCCGUCAGAAAGAGCAGAACACCAUUGGCUACUUUCGUGAUGACGUACACCGCAGAGUCACGCAACCAGUGCUCAGCACAGCAGUAGUAGGCUGAUCUCCAACGCGGCAAAUUUUAGCUACAAAAUGAGCGCCCCUGACCGCAAUACAAAUGUGACUGAACGAGCUUCCACAAGUGAGGAGAAAUCAGACGAAAUGGUUGAUAAGAGAGGAAAGACUAAUUCAGUGGUAUGGAAGUGGUUCGGCUAUUUGAGAUCUGAUAAACUUCAGGUUUCAGCGUGCUGCAAAAUGUGCCGGAGAGUAGUGCCGACUAGCAGCGGGAACACAUCAAAUCUGUUCCACCAUCUGAAGCAGUUCCACCCGAUAGAACAUUCUGAGAGUCAGAAGAUGAGGCACCAUAAAAGUUUAAGCCAACAACGUGUCCCUCAAACAACACCACCAUCGUCAUCCCCAACACCAGUUGUGUCAAAAGAGAAACCCAUGCAGCAAACGAUCGCUGCAUUCAUGCCUUAUGACAAACAGUCUAAACGUCAUAAAGACAUUACAAAGGCUGUAACAAACUUCUUUGCUAAGGACAUGAUGCCGUUUACUACGGUGGAAGACGUGGGCUUCAGGAAAAUGAUUUCAAUCAUCAACCCAAGAUGCGAGCUCCCUGGGCGAAAAUAUUUUUCACGCGCAGCUAUCCCUGCACUUUAUGGUGAAGUUAGGGAAAGGGUGGAGGAACAACUGAAGUCUGUGUCAUAUUUCGCGACCACAGCUGACCUGUGGUCAAGCCGAACCUCAGAACCAUACUUGAGCCUGACAGUCCACUUUAUUGAUCAAGAUUGGAAGCUUGUCAGCUUAUGCCUUCAGACGGUCUACUUUCCUGAGGAUCACACGGGCGAAUCAAUUGCAGCCUCCUGGGGACUCCGCGAGGACCGGCAGGUCUGCAUCACCACAGAUAGCGGGACCAGUAUCAUCAAAGCCGCUGAGUUGAACAGAUGGACAAGACUACAAUGCUUCGGGCAUCGACUGAACUCUGCUAUUGGUGUGUUUGGUGUUGAUCCAGAUGGAGUGAAGACGGUGAUAGAGGGAGACUCUCUUACUGUACAGACUGGUUUUACUGAAAUGCAGAAAGACGGUCUAACAGAGUGGAAAUUUAACAACACCAACAUCGCAACAAUCAAUAAAGGAACUGGUAAAGUUGAAUACAGUGAUGAUAAACUGAUGAAGAUGUUUAGCGGCAGACUUAAUCUGGAUCAAGCUGGAUUUCUCACCAUCUGGAACAUCAGAAUCAAACACUCGGGUGAAUAUAAAGUAGAGAGUACCAGCAGCGUAGGGACCAAAUCCAAAACUUUCAAAGUUAUUGUGGAAGAAUCUCCACUCAAAUCUGUCGAAGAUAAAGAUGAAAUAAAGGUAUUGUCAGCCACGAAGGGAAGUUCUGAGACUCUACACACUGAUGCUGAACUACAGAAACAUGAUCUAAUACUGUGGAGAUUUGGAGCUGAAGGAUCUCUCAUUGCUAAAGGUGAUACAGAAGACAAUCACACAGCUUACUAUGAUGGUGACGAUGGGAGAUUCAGAGGCAGACUGGAGAUGGACAGUAAGACUGGAUCGCUGACCAUCACAGACCUCGAAACUGAGCAUACUGGAGAAUUUAGACUAAAGAUCAUCAGCGACAGAAGGAUCGUGUUCAAAAGAUUCACUGUUACUGUCUCUGGUCUGUCUCCAGGUGCUGUAGCAGGAAUAUGUAUUGGUGUUCUGCUGAUCGCUGCAGCAGCUGUAGCAGCUGGUGUUAUGAUUUAUUGUCGAAGCGAUCACUUCAAAUUAAAAAAUCUCAUGUCGAAGGUCUCUAAACAACUAGAGCAAAUGUCGAAGAUGACUAAACAACUAGAGCAAAUGACCAAGACCAAUGAAAAAGACCUGGCGAAGAUCUCUGUACAAAUAAAUAAAAUGGAUGAAGUGAAUGUGAGUGGAAAUGAAAAACAGGAGCUCUAUGGAAAACUAAAACUAAUGUCGGAGGACUAUGAAAAAGCAUUGCCCAAGAUCUCUAAACAACUAGCGCGACUGCGUGAACAGAAGAUCCCAGAACGACUGUUCGAGCUUUCUGAACAAGUAAACCAACUGAAUGAUACGGAGACGUCUCAACAGGAAAUAUGUGCUGAUAUCCCACAAGAAGAGACACCGAGACCAGAGAUCAGAGAUGGUGAAAGGGAACGGUUCAUUGUUGUUGAAGAGACUGCCAUAAGUAAAGCGUUUGGUGCUGCUAAGAUAUUGAGAGACAGUCAGGGCAGGAAGAGCAUUGCAAUCAGAGCUGAAGAUGAUGAAGUUCAUACACAUGAUGAUGUGAAGAUCUCUGAACAAGAAACAAGUGAAGAGACACCGAGAUCAGAGAUCAGAGAAGGUGAAAGGGAACGGAUCAUGUAUGUUGAAGAGACUCCUAUAAGUAAAGUGCUUGGUACUGAUAAGAGAUUGAGAGACAGACAGGGCAAAAAGAGCAUUGUAAUCCAUAAAACCAAUACUGAAGACGCUGCAGUUGAAACACAUGGAUCGGAUGGAAAAGCUCCCGAAAAUGAGCUGAAAGAAGAAUCAACAGGAAAAGAAGUAAAUGAAGAAACGGCUUUAAUGAGCCAAAAGGAAGAGGAUGAACCAAAUGAGUAGAUAUAGAAGAGCUCAGUUUAGUGAGAUAAGACACGCCCACCAGUGUCAAUCACUGUGAUAUCAUCGACAUUUCAUCUCAGUCUUUCACAAGCCUCUAGAAUCCAUCAGUCAAAGUGCAAAAAGCUUUUUGGUUUCAGAUGAACAGGGAAAUGUGUUGAUAAAAAUGUCAUAUAUGACUAUUAAUGUUACUCUACAUACUUCUUACUCUAAGAUGUGUUUUACCUCAGAAAUAUCUGUCAAACCACUGUAUGUGCUGUUCACGGUUUAUGUUCUCGUUCAGCUCUGAUCCCAGUGUCUCUAAUGAUCACAUGACCUUCUCCUCGUGUGUAGAAAUUCAUCAGACUGUAUACAAGAGACACACAGUAUUCAGUGUCAAUGUGACACUUUUGUUGCAGAAAUUAACCAACUAAGUUACUCUAUUUUCAUUUAAACUGAAAACUUUGCAUGUGUUAUGCUAUAUUAAAUAACAAUGCUUAAAUAUGUUAUCCAAAGAUAUAUUUUAAAGAAAUCAUCCUUUAAUCAAAGUACAAAUUUGACCUGAAUUUAGAGUGUAUUACGUCCAGAGACGUAUUUGUUUCCAUUUAGCAGGAAGUACUAGCUGCCAGCUGCCUCCAAUGAUUGGUUGCCUACUGUGAUUGGAAGAAUUUAAGCCUUGUUGAUUGGGUUUCUCUUCAGUGUUAUUGUGUUUACAUUCUUGUUGUAAUUGGUGUUUAUGACAAGAAAUACUUUCUGGGUUGUAAGCUAUUAUUUGUUCGUGUAUUGUUCUUAAUUAGUUUAUAUUGUUAGGUCUUUGGGAAUUGGUUAGUAGAGAGGUGGGUGCCAUUUUCUUUUGAACUUCUUGUCUCCUGUUUAAGCUAUUUGGGGAGUUAGUGUAAUUUGUUGUAUUUGUUUUCUUUUCUUUUAAUAGUUUAGUUUUUCUCUCUACUGGUUAGAUGGGUUAUGCUUGUUGUUUUGGCCUUUGUCCCCUCGUGAAACAUUGGGAUCCUCCCACAUUUAUAAAAUAAACUUGUUUUUUA